CUGUCUCAGUUCUACCUAUUUGGCUUCUAUUACCUCUCCCUGCAUAUAAACAGAACACUUGCACCAGACCGGCCCUCCCUCGAGACAACCUCCAAAGCCUACCACAUCUCAAUCUGUUUGAUAUCUAAUUAGCACGUAACCAAGCCAUGGCUGAGAAUGAGGGGGGUCUCGUCAAGAAUGGCCAUGAGGAUGCGAUGAAGCUUGCUUUAUCCCUCCUCGAGGAGUUCGGCCUCCCCCUCGGCCUCCUCCCGCUUGCUGGCGUGAUCGAGGUUGGGUUCGUGAGGAGCACCGGCUACAUGUGGAUCGUCCAAACGAAGAAAGUGGAGCACAAUUUCAAGAUGAUCGAUAAGUUGGUGAGUUAUGACACUGAGAUCCAUGGUUACGUUGAGAAGAACCGCAUCAAGAAGCUCAAGGGGGUGAAGACCAGGGAGCUGCUCUUGUGGCCGCCGGUGAACGAUAUCACCGUCGAUGAACCGCCUACCGGGAAGAUCCACUUCAAGAGUCUGGCUGGGGUCACCAAAACCUUCCCCGUGGAGGCCUUUGCUGCCGGUCAGUAGGGGAGUUUUGGAGCUCGCUUAUUUGGCGUACAAACGGGCGAUUCGAGUAUGGUGCUCUCAAUGUUGCUUGGCUGGUUUGGUGUUGCCUUCGGCUCUCCGGGAGUUGAAAUGGGCUCUGGCUUCUUAUGUUAUGCUUCGGUAUGUUGUGAGCGCAUGGAACGUGAAUAAAAAAGAAGCCUAUUGAACUGCCAUGUUUUUCUGUCCUUAA